UCCGGAGCAUGACAGCUGUAAUAUCCUAGCUGGAUGUGAAUAAAAGAGGGCUGUGGUUUAAUAGGGACCUUAUAGCGUAGCAUGCUCUGGCAUAUAUAUGUCCUGCAAGAUACAACUUGGAAUUUGUUUUCACAUUCUUUAAGAACAAUUGUUAAAAUUCGGCUUGUAAUAAUCGGUUUCUUCGUGACUUUACAACGUAUGAUAUCCUGCACGAAAGCUAACCUAGCGGUGUAGAAACGGAAUCUCUCUCGCUAUCAUGGAAUUAGGACAGUCACACCCAUAUCUUGUCGGGACAUCUAUAUGGAUAUUAAAUAUUGCUCUUUAGUUUUAAAAAUAGUUCUUUGGUAUAACGCUAUUGAAGAGAAUGGUUUUUCUAAUUCAGCUUGCUAGAUAAAUAAUAAUGUUCUGUGCAUAGCAAACUAUAUUUAUUCUGUUAUGAAUGAGUCAUGCCAGAGGCACUUGGGUAAGAGACCGAGAGCUAGGUGUUAACAUUUAGGUUUUGAUUAAGGUUAACGGUGGAAUUUGCCCGUUAUUCUCAGGCAGGAUGAGUAUGCCAUUGUAUACAUUUGUCACCAGAGAUGAGAACAGCAGUGUCUAUGCUGAAGUUUCCAAAAUUCUCAUUUCUACUGGACAAUGGAAGAGGCUCAAGAAAGACAAUCCUCGUUUUAACUUGAUGCUGGGGGAAAGGAACAGACUACCAUUUGGAAGAUUGGGGCACGAGCCAGGACUGGUGCAGCUAGUGAAUUAUUACCGGGGUGCUGACAAGCUGUGCCGUAAAGCAUCUUUAGUCAAGUUAAUCAAGACCAGUCCUGAGCUCUCUGACUCCUGCAACUGGUUCCCUGAGUCUUACAUUAUUUAUCCCACCAACCUCAACACCCCUGUGGCCCCAGCCAAAAAUGGAAUGAGCCACAUGAAAAACAACCCUAAGACCGAUGAACGCGAGGUCUUCCUGGCCUCCUACCACUUGAAGAAGAUGAAUGGAGAAGGGACAGUGUGGAUUGCUAAAUCAUCAGCUGGAGCCAAGGGUGCUGGGAUUUUAAUAUCAUCGGAUGCCAAUCAGUUGCUGGAAUUCAUAGAUAAUCAAGGCCAGGUUCAUGUCAUUCAGAAGUAUCUGGAGAAUCCUCUUUUGUUGCAGCCUGGUAACCGCAAAUUUGAUAUCAGGAGCUGGGUUCUAGUGGAUCACCAGUACAACAUCUACCUAUACAGGGAGGGUGUACUGCGCACUUCUUCAGAGCCUUACAACAGCUCGGACUUUGAGGACAAGACGAGUCACCUGACGAACCACUGCAUCCAGAAGGAACACUCCCAGAAUUACGGCCGAUACGAGGAGGGGAAUGAAAUGUUCUUCGAUGAGUUUCGUCAGUAUCUGCUGAACACACACAGUGUCUCCCUGGAAGCCGCCAUUUUACCUCAGAUCAAACAGAUCAUAAGAAGCUGCCUGGUUUCCAUUGAGCCAGCUAUCAGCACCAAGCACCUCUCUUACCAGAGUUUCCAGCUCUUUGGAUUUGACUUCAUGGUAGAUGAAAAUCUGAAGGUCUGGCUUAUUGAAAUUAAUGGAGCUCCAGCCUGCGCACAGAAACUGUAUUCGGAACUGUGCCAUGGCAUCGUGGACAUGGCCAUUUCCAGUGUCUUCACCUUGAACAGUAGCGAUUCCUCAGCCUCCUCCUCCGCCUCCUCUUCCUUAUCUUCCUCAUCCUCAUGCUCCUCCCCAAAAUCCAGACCACCCAAUCACCAUGGCCCAUUCAUCAAACUGUAAGCAUGGGAGCUCCCUUGUGUUUUGGAACUCAUGUUCCUGCUUCCUUGCCCCCACCCCCGCCCCACCUCCAGUUUUUACGGAUGCCAGCCAGAUCAGUCCCCUUAUCACCUUGUUUUGGGCAGGCAAUGGGAGCAAGUGUUACCCUAGUUUGAGGCAGUUAACUUACUGGCCCAUAAAAAGAAAAGUGUGCUUGUAAAUUCUCCACCUCUGUUGUGGCAAAGUACUUAUCUUGAACCUUUCUGUAUGUCCCCAAAUGUUUAUUGUUUUGCUAAUGAGUGUACGAGGGUAGUGAGCAAACAGCUUUGGCCUGCGGGUUUUGUGGCCUCUUUGCACUCGGUGGAGUAAUUAUGGCACAUAUCUAGAAAGCAAGGAGCACCGUCUGUUAUUGCAGAUACAGAUGUUUAAUUACUGGGCUAUUUAACAGUUAGUGGCUUAUGUACCUGCCGAGUCCAUCUGAUGUAACUGUCUGUCGAAAUAAUGACUUCUGUUGACAAAUUUGAAAACCCAUAGGCCCUUUGGUCAUCCUAGAGCUUGACUGGCCACCUGUCGUUUGGAGAGUUGAACGGUUCAGAGCAGAGUGUUGAACUGUCUUGAGAAGCACUCUGGAUCCAUUUUUCACUGGAGGAUGGCCGUUUGCUGCCAUUAGUACUGCCAAGGACAGUACAGGAAGUGCAGAGUACAUAUCCAUAUCAUUCAGUUACUAUGACUUUAGUGCCUUACAUGACCUUGCCCAGCCAUAAAGACGACCACUGUUGAUUUACCUAAAGUUUGUCACUACAUUUAGCAUCAACGUGUUUCAGAACUUUUAUGUCUCUUAUCUGCACUACACUAUUAAUUCAGAGGUCCUGACUUCUGACAAAUACCAUAGUGUCCUCUUCAACCUUAAAGUUAACUCUCCUUUAUCUGAAUAGUUAGAAUACUCAUUGACUUGGUUGAGCUGGUUCAGCCAAGACAAAGCCAUCAUCACACUGUUUCCUGCGCUGUCAUGACAAUUUAUAGUUUUUUGUGUAUGUUAUUUUUAAGUUAGUCACAGUCUGCAUACUGUAGAGUCUCCAUGGGUUUGCCGAUAGAUCCAAUAAGUUUUCGGGCAGUACAUUCCUCAUGUCCAUAUCUAAAUCUGUUCAACAUGGUUCAAGAUGAUGCAUUCACAUCCAGAACUAGGGAUUUUUAAAACAUCCAAAUUGCAUGACAUCUUCAGCUUCUCAGUUAUAAUUGUUGUUGAAAUGGAACAAACCUGCAAACUCGGUUCAUGAAUGAGAUUUCUUCCUAAAUAGCUCUGUUUGAGAACCAUAUUCCUAUCAGUUUCCAGAAAAAAAAAUCUUUAUUGUUGAAGAGGCAUUUAUUGCAGAUUUAGCUUCAUCCUUAGACCAGAGAUAUCUUAUUGCGAUGUACAUUAAACAGGAUAGUGGUUACGCCGGUCAUCAGAAUAAGAUCAUAAGACAGGAGAUUAUAAAAGUGAACUUUUUUUUUUUGCAAAGAAAAACAUGCAAGUUUUUGUCAUGAACACAUCGAUCAAAAAACAUUGUCAGGUUUAAAAUGACUAUCAGCAGAAAAAUUCAGUUGUGAGGUCCAUGGUUCCAUGCUAUUUCUAGCUUAAUGUUGAUGGUUCACAUCAUUCACUAACCAGAAUGCUUUACUUGUGCAGACAAUGUGCUAUGAAGACUCUUAAGAGGAUGAGCACUUCUCAGGAAAGGGUCUCAUCCGUUCAGCCUGUAUAUCAGCCAUACAGAAAAACCCUUAAAAUGAGAAAAGCUUCAGCAUGACAUCUGAGUGUUAAGAUUAAAAUGCACAAUUGUUUUAUCUCUUGGUUAUCUUUUGGAAGAAUGUUACAUUUAUCACUUGCACUGCAUGACUGCCGGAAAGCAUGAAGAAUCUUGCAUUAGUCAUCAUCUUUAUGUGGUUAUUUAACACCAAAAACUUUGCUGCCCAUCACUAACCAGUGGCAUGAUAUUUCCUUUUAAUCUCAUUCCCAUAUUAAUAUUUUUAAGUCUAAAUUUCAUUGCUAAAACAUUAGCUUUCUAAUGAUGUGAAAACUCUCCACAAAAAAAAGUGUUCCUUAUAGUCUUAAAUGAUUUUUUGGUAAUCUCAUUAAAACCAAUAUAAAUGUUCUUUUUGACCCACCUUAAAAAAAUCAACAGCUUAGCCUGAGUUGACUCUAGUCUGUCACUCUAAGAUUCAGAUGUCUGUUUCUGCAUUAUCUCAUCAUUUUCUUAACCUAAUGGUAAACAAACUAAUGAAUAACAAUAGAUAUGACAUCGAUUUAAGACCAUUACAUGCAACUCCACUUGUAGUAAAUGGGAAAUGGCAUCAGUUCUUGAGAAAUCUGAAGUGAUAAUUGGUCUUUUUUGUCAUAUGGCAGACUUUUUUUUUUAUUAUUAUUAAAAAAAACCUUAUGCAUUUUAUUGUGAAGGCUUAUGUUGAGGAAUGUUUGCAUUUUUUUAACCUAUUGUCAAAUGUGAAUUGUCAAUGUUGCAAAGAAAAUGUUUCUGUGUUUCUUUAGUACUCAAAAUGAAGGGAUGACAGAACUUGUGCUUAGGGUGAUUGCAGUUCUAUAAAAGGUGAAUGUGUUGAUAAGGAAAAAGUUGACUCUUACAAGUUUAAAAAGUGAUUCUUUUGCAAGUAAAUGUCAAAUGCAUGAACUGUGUGGGGAAAGUGUGAGCUGAAUGUAUAGCAGUGGAAAGAAACCAGCUGGAAGGGAUGUUUAUUCAUUUUUUUUGUACAUACACUUUAUAGGAUGCAUAUUUAUUUACACAGGUCUCCUCCAAAUGACUAUUUUCUCCUGUUUAUUGAGGGGAAAUUGUUCUCCCACGAAGAGGUGCCUUAAAAGAAUGUACAACCUCUUGUGAGUUUUGGAGAUUAAUAUUAUAAACAUACAUUUUUAAAAGUCAUGGCAUGGCAUUUUAAGUCAAGCAUUUAUGGUUAUCCUUUUGUAUUUUUGUAACUGUCAACCUGAUGUUUUACUUAAAAUAAGGUGGUCUUAUUACUGUUUUAUAUCAUUUACCUUGCCAACUUGUUUCACUGCUGUUUUGGUAUUUUGCCUUCUGUAACUGUUUAUCCCAAACCCCUACCUCAACAUUUUAGUGCAUUUCUAAAAGCAAUCCUGUUCCUGACCAAAGAUUACUCUGUAUCUGGUCUGUGUAACAUCAUAUAUAAUUAUGGAUCUGUCGGUGUAGAACUUGCUACAACAGAACACGGGGUUUGUAGAACAAAUGUAUUUCAUAAGUGUCACGUAUAGCACUGUUCAGUAGUUACAGAAGUAAUUAGCAGAACAGAAGACAAAUCUUUUUGUUUCGCAGCCGCUUCUCUUUGACAUUGCCCACCCCACAAACAUGGAUGUACAUGGCUGUCUGAAAGAACUUUUCCCUGUAGUUAUUUACCAAGGAAUGUGGCAAAAAAAUGGUAAAUGCCUUUACAAUUAGUUUUUCCUAACUUGCAUAAUUAACACUAUUCCCUGUUCAAUGUCUGACAUGUGGUGUGUUUGUCACCUGAACAUUUGUUCUCAGUUAUUCUCGUUUGGAUUAUUCUUGCAUGUAAAACUGGCUGUGUCUGUACUGAGGAAAUUAUAUUGAAAAAUAAACUGUCACAUGAUUUAUGUCA